UAAGGGCGAAAUUUUUGAUAAAUUAAUAAGUUGUUUGGAACAUGGAGUCUCAGCCCCCACAAGUAGAGAAGAGUGAUGUGAAUGAGGAGAAGAAGCUGAUUGAGGAUAAGAAACAAAGAGCCAAGAAAAUAGUCACCCAGGUGUUCUGUCAGCUCACGAAAGGAUGCGGAAGAGAGUUUUGUACUAAUAAAGACUGUGCAUCUAAUAAGAUGAAAUUCAAAGAUAGAAAUCUAACAGAAAAAGAAGCUCUUAAAAUUGCAAUUCAGUUUGUGAAAACCAUGGGCAGUGACUCGAACAAAAUUAAGCUAUGCCCCUCAGCAACGAUACCAAAGACAAUCCAAAUAGAGGAGUUGGCUCAACUUUCUGAAGCAACGAAGGAAGAUUUUGAGAAGAGAUUUCUAGAAGUUUUCUCGUCUCCUUUCACUCUUUCAUUCUCCUUCCUCAAAGAUAGAGAGAUCUACCUGAAGACAGACACACAUAAUAUUGAUUUUGACAAAUUGUCGGAAUUCUACAAGAUAUUUGACGCAAAAUUUGAUGAAGAGGAACGCCUCAAACUUUUUACAACCGCUGGAGAAAACUUUGUUGACUCCUUCAAAAAGGAAUCAAAGGAUAUUGAAGAGCCCUGGAUUUUAAGAAGUUUUCUGAUUAACUUUGAAAACCCUGACUUGAUGUCUCCAAGCUUUGAAUCCAUAAUAGAUCGCAUUGCCUAUAUGCUAGAGUCUCAGCUCAAUAAGAAGAAUAUCGAUUCCCACUUGAAAGAAGUACUUCAAGGAUCUGAUCAGGAGUUCAUCAUGGAAGAGCUCAAAGAAGAUAUGACUGUCCACGAGACCUAUAAAAUUCAGAGCGACAUCUUGGUCUACUGGCUCAGUAAAUUAGACAAAGAGAGGUUCUUAGACCAUAUCAGAAAGUUUCAGAAUAUUUUAUCCAUCAAUAUUUUCAAUGAAAGCUUUAACUCAGAAAAUGUGCUUGAGUUUCUAGAUACAUUGGAGUCUCAAGAAAGUAGAGCAUUUAUCCGCUUAUUAUCCUUGCUGGAUAUUUAUCAUGGCGCUAAUGUGAACAAAGAGCCUGAAGACCAAAUUAACUAUUUAGAAUUCAACAAUGAUGGCUUCAAUAAAGAAAUGUGCCUAGAUGUUGACCUUGGAGGUCAUUAUGAAGUCUGGGUCAGAGCUAUGAAUUUUUGUGACAGAAACGAUGUCCCCUUCAGAAAAUAUGAAGUUACCACUUUUUGUAAUUACCCUUGGCUCCUUGAUACCACAGCGAAGGGAGAAAUAAUGAUGACUGAGGCUAAAAUCUAUAUGCAACAGAUGGCAGAUGAAGAGCUUGCAAAUAUUUUUAUCCAGGGCCUCUCCAGUCAGAAUCCUGGCAUCAACAAUGCUGAUAUGAUCUACCUUCAAUUCAAAGUGAGAAGAGAUUUCAUUAUUGAAGAUACCCUUAACAAUUUGAUCAGAGAAGGAAUUAAUCUCAAGAAGCAACUCAAAGUAGAGUUCGAAGGAGAGCUUGGCCAAGAUGAGGGAGGAGUUCAGAAAGAAUUUUUCCAAAUUUUAGUUAGAGAUCUCUUCAAACCGGAAUACACUAUGUUCAAUUACUUCAAAGAUUCCAAACUUGUAUGGUUCAACGGUGAAACUUUUGAGAGCAACAUUAAGUUCGAACUUAUUGGAGUUUUGAUGGGACUAGCUAUUUACAAUGGAGUUAUCCUCGACAUCCACUUUCCCGUUGCUUGUUACAAGAAAUUGCUGAACAUUGAGCCGACUCUGGAUGACAUUAAGGAGCUAGACCCAAGCACUGGAAAAUCUUUGCAAUAUAUCCUAGACUGUGACUCUCCAACUCUUCAGGAUGAUCUCUACAUGACUUUCAUUUAUGAGUAUGAAGUUUUUGGAGAAAACAAGACCGAAGCACUGAAGGAAAAUGGUGCCAAUAUUUUCGUAUCCCAAGAAAACAAGCAAGAGUAUGUUGAACUUCUGAUUGACUUCAUCUUCAAUAGAUCUAUUGAGAACCAGUUCGAAGCAUUCUCCAGGGGAUUCCAUAAAGCCUGUGGAGGAGAUGCUUUGACUCUAUUUAGACCAGAAGAGCUUCAAAAACUCAUAUGUGGAUCCCAAAAGCUUGAUUUUGAAGCCAUGAUGAAAGAGACUAGAUAUGACGGAUUUGAAGGCGAAGAAGAGGUCCUUAACUGGUUCUGGGACAUCCUUAUUGACGAGCUUAAUGAAGAACAACAGAAAAAGUUCUUGUUCUUCUGUACAGGUUGUGCCAAAGCUCCAGUAUCAGGUCUUGAAAGUAUUGGCUUCAUCAUAGUAAAGAACGGAGAGGAUGAUGAAAAGCUCCCUUGAGCACAGACCUGUUUCAACCUUCUAUUGUUGCCAAAUUAUUCGAAUAAGGAAAGGCUAAAGCAAGCUUUGCUACUCGCCAUAGAAAACUCUGAAGGAUUUGGCAUGAUCUAAACAAUGUUUUAUUUGAUUUAUAAUAUUUCAAUAAGAAAAUGU